GCUCUGGCCAAACAAGGCCACUGGUCACUCACCGCUGGAAGUAGCACUCUCAGAGGCCCUUCUCCAUGGAGUGUUUCAAAAUAACAAAAAAUUUCACGUUGCCUUUUUCCACCUAAGUCUGGGCAACAAAGUCAGAUGCAGAAGCUGAGAAUGAACGUGCAAAUCCUGCUUGAUUUGAAUGGUAUGAUGCUCUCAGGGAUCGCCUAGACAUCCCUUAGAAAAACCCCGAGUAAAGGCGGCCGCGGAAGACAGCCCAAAGAUGACCAGCCAGUCUCCAGAGGAUCCUGCCGAGUCUCCCGUCUCCGACGAGCUCGAGUGUAAGAUCUGCUACAAUCGCUACAACCUGAGGCAGAGGAAACCCAAAGUACUGGAAUGCUGUCACCGCGUCUGUGCCAAAUGCCUUUACAAGAUCAUCGACUUCGGAGACUCCCCUCAGGGUGUCAUCGUGUGUCCUUUCUGUCGGUUUGAGACCUGCCUGCCCGAUGACGAGGUGAACAGCCUCCCCGAUGACAACAACAUCCUCGUCAACUUGACUUGUGGAGGAAAGGGGAAGAAAUGCCUGCCGGACAAUCCCACGGAGCUGCUGCUGACCCCCAAAAGGCUGGCCUCCCUGGUCAGCCCUUCCCACACUUCCUCCAACUGCCUAGUGAUCACCAUCAUGGAAGUACAGAGAGAGAGCCCUCAGUCUCUGAGCUCGACCCCCGUGGUGGAGUUUUACAGGCCCACCAGCUGUGACUCUGUGGCUGCCGUGUCCCACAACUGGACGGUGUGGAACUGCACCUCUCUGCUCUUCCAGACGUCGAUCCGGGUGUUGGUUUGGUUGCUAGGGUUGCUAUAUUUCAGCUCCUUGCCCUUAGGGAUCUACUUGCUGGUCUCUAAGAAAGUCACCCUCGGGGUCGUCUUUGUCAGCCUUGUCCCCUCGAGCCUUGUCAUUCUUAUGGUGUACGGUUUUUGCCAAUGUGUAUGCCAUGAAUUUUUAGACUGUAUGUCAUCCCCUUCGUAA